GGGCGCGCCAAUGCAUCAAACUCUGCUCACUUGCAUGACACAAAGAUAUUGGUACGGUAGUUGUCGCUAUGCCUUCUGCUGACUAGCGAAAGGAUUGGAGCAGAGACGGUCCGCGCCGAAGACAGACAGCCAGGUGGGGAUGCUGUAGGUACACAUUGUAUUUUCAAUUCUACUCUUGCUGUGGUGAUCUGCGUACCCUUUCAUUGUUCUGUUUCCAAGAUGUCGGCAAGCACGCUCCCGUUCCAUGCUGAUCACAUCGGCUCUCUUAUCCGCCCUGAGUACGUCGCCGAAGCCCAAGAGAAGGCGGAUGCCGGCAAGAUCUCAGCUGCUGAACUUCGAGACACCCAAAAGAAAGCUAUUGCCCAUGUGGUAAAGCAGCAGCAGGACCAUGGCGUACGCGCCCUCUGCUCUGGCGAGUUCGACCGCAAGUACUACUUCUCCGGUUUCUUCGAGAAGCUCGAUGGCUUUGAAGAGGUAUCACCGGUGCCAUGGGACCUGGCCAGGUUGAGCGCAGCUCCCAUUGCCGCAUUGAAGAAGGCGGGCAAGCAGUAUCCCAUGGCUGCCAUAUGCACGGGUAAGAUUGGCUACUCGCAAAGCCCGUACCUAGACAACUGGAAGCUAUUGCGAGAAUGCGUGCCGAAAGAGCAGUGGGGUGAAUGCAAGUUCACCAUGCCGCCGCCGUGCUACUUCCACCUCCGGUUGGCGAAGGGCAAGUGCUAUAACACGGAGGUGUAUAAGAACGACGAAGCCUUCUUCAACGACCUUGCCGCGGCUUACAGGAAGGAGAUCCGGACGUUACAUGGCGAGGGUCUGCGGAAUCUGCAGAUUGAUGAUCCGACGUUGGCGUACUUUUGCUCCGACGACAUGCUGAAGGGUUUGAGGGAUGACGGGGAGGAUACCGACAAGAUGUUCGAGAUGUAUCUUAAGGCGCACAAUGACUGCAUUGCCGAUCGGCCGCAGGACAUGCACGUCGGUCUGCACAUCUGCAGAGGCAAUUUCUCCAAGUCCAUGCACUUCUCGGAGGGCAGCUACGAAGCCAUCGCCGAGCAGUUCUUCAAGACGCUCAACUACGACACAUUCUACCUUGAGUACGACAACCCAAGGUCCGGCGGCUUCGAGCCUUUGCGUUUCCUGCCCAAGCAUAAGAACGUUGUGCUCGGCGUUGUCACCACCAAAGACCCUCAGCUAGAAGAUGCGGAAUUGAUUAAGAGCCGCGUGAAGCAGGCCGCGGAGAUCAUCGCCAAGGGCCAGGGCCGCAGCGUUGAGGAUGCGAUGCAGAACAUUGGCAUUAGUCCUCAGUGUGGGUUUGCCAGUGUCGCCGUCGGCGCAGAGGGCAUGACAGAUGAGAAGAUGUUCGCCAAGCUGAAGUUGGUGCAAGAUGUGGCACACGAGCUUUGGCCGGACCGGCCGUAGGCGUCGGAGAUGGGAAGUGUACGUUUCAACAUCAGCUGAAGUCAGAUGAGGUGAGGUCAGGCGAGGUGAGGUCGUGUCAGCGCGCACUUCAACUUGCGGAAGGCAGGGGAAAAGCUCAACAAUGUUGAUGCUACUAGUUGGUCGGUUCACGUUCUGCACCAUAUUGGCAGCUGGAUCAACUCGAAACAACUUUUUUUGGAACAAUCAAUCAUGUCUCAAGCGGACAACCACACAGUCUCAAUGACUGAAGACACCUUGAUGUGAUGUUCCUGCAGGGACCACACCUCCCAUCUGUGGCUCAAGGCGCCCGAUGUCGUGCAUCUUCACAUGUCGAAGUCGUUGGCUGAAUACCAAGACAAGCUCACAUGUUGAGGAGAUCAAUGACCAAUGACUGCCUGCCUCUCACGCACAUGUUCGUACCGCAUCAAAGGUCA